AAAUAUCACUUGAAACGCGUUCUAUCUAUGACUAAUUUAGACUACGAACACAUGAAUUCGGCCUUGGUUCAUAUAGAGGGGACGCUUAACUCUAGGCCUCUCACUCCUCUUUCUUCUGAUCCUUCAGAUCUAGCUCCCUUAUGUCCAGCACAUUUCUUAAUUGGACGAACGAUCACAUUGCCACCUGCACCCCAGGUGGAAGAAACUCGACCACUUACGACGCUCUCCAAAUACAUGAGAGUACAACAGCUUAAGGCUCAUUUUUGGAAAAGAUACUCAAAAGAAUACAUUUCAGAGCUCCAGUCCCGCAGCAAGUGGCGCACUCAAGGUCCACAACUGGGCGAGAUGGUCAUCAUCAAGGAUGACCGCCUACCACCGAACCGAUGGCUGCUCGGACGAGUCACGGCCGUCCACCCGGGCAGCGACGGCGUCAACCGCGUCGCCGACAUCCUCACCACUACUGGGACCCUGCGCCGGGCAUACAACCGGCUCUGCCCACUUCCAUCAACGUUGGAUCAGGCAGCUCCUGACCCAAGGGGGCCAGCCUGUUGACGCGCCAUCUAUGUGUGCGUGCGCACACAGACACCACCCGAUCUACGCGGUGCCGCAAGCGCCGGCCCGCCGCAUUCUCCGAUCCGU